AUGAGCGUCUUUCAGGCGACGCUGCCAGUGUGACGUAUAAUCUAGUGGACAGGAUGUUUCUUCAACAACAACAGCUGGUCAGUCACCUCGGUAGCUUUCAAGACAAAAUAGUCGUUGUUUAGUUGCACCUGUGUUUUAAAAAUACAUAUGUCUUGUUGCUAGCUAGUUUCCCCAUUUAAUUUCAUGUAUACGUUGUUAGGUAGCUGGCUUGAUUAAUGAGCUUAUCAAUAGGCUAACGAACGCUAGCUAGUUAGCUAACAUUCCCGACCAUGACUUCACUAAGCUGCUCUCCUCCUGAUAAAGAAGAGGAUGUCUGCUGGACGGAGAAAGAAGCGCUGGUGAAAGAGGAGGAGGAAGAGGAGGAUGUUACAAUACAAAAACAAGUAGAGGGUGAGUCUGGUACUGUGAAAGAAGAAGAGAAAUGCGUUUCAGUGAAAGAAGAGGAAGACGCGUUCAGAGUGAAAGAGGAGGAGGAUGUUACAGUAAAAGAAGAGGAGGAAGAGAGAGAGGAGGAUUCAGUUUUUGGAGUGAAAGAGGAGGAGGAGGAGAUGACUGUCACAUUGAAAGAGGAGGAGACAGGAGAUCUGAUUAAGACCCGAGAGAGACCAGACUCUCCCUCUGACAGCGGGAAGAGUCCUUCAGGGGAACCAGACCCAGAGACGCCCAAACCAGCCAAACGACAUCACUGCUCGCACUGCGGAAAGAGUUUUACUAAGUUACGAAACCUAAAAGAGCAUGUGAGGACACACACAGGAGAAAAGCCUUUCCAAUGCUCCCAGUGUGGAAAUAGUUUUAGUCAGUUAGGUAGCCUGAAAAUACACAAGAGAAUACACUCUGGAGAGAAGCCUUACCACUGCUCCCAUUGUGGAUUGACUUUUACCUGGUUAGGGAGCCUGAAGUCACAUGAGAGAAUACACACAGGAGAAAAGCCCUACCACUGUUCCCACUGUGGAAAGAGUUUUAGGUGGUUAGAAGGCCUGACAAAGCAUGAGAGGACACACACAGGAGAAAAGCCCUACCAAUGUUCCCACUGUGGAAAGAGUUUUACUCAGUUGGGGAACCUGAAAUCACAUCAGAGGAUACAUACACAGGAGGAGAAGACAUACCACUGCUCUAAUUGCGGAAAGACAUUUUCCCGGGCAGAGGACCUGAAAUCACAUGAGAGAAUAGAGAGGCUGUGUUCUGACUUGUGUUUUUGACUGAGAAUUUAGGUUUUUGUUCAUGCGACAUUAAAUCGUAUUGUUUAUAUGAAAUCAUUUAAGAAAAAAAGAGCUUUACUUUUGUUUGAGUUUUUUCAUCUGGAGACCUGAUCAUGUCUAAAAUCAAAUCAAAUAUUUUUAAAUAUGUAAAAAAUAAAAAAAAUAAAAAAUCUUAUUAGCUUCGAUUGAUUGGAUGCAAAAUGUCAACCCUAUGAUGUUGUUUAUUAUAUUAUUUGCAAAAUGUAAAUUAUUAUAUAAGUAAGUAGCCUUCCAGAACAGCUCAUAGAAACAGGAGCCUUGUCUUGUAUGAUCCAGAACAAAUCAAAGUUUAUUUGUCACGGGAGUUAAUACAACAGGUGUAGUAGACCUUACAGUGAAAUGAUUACUUACAGGCCCUAACCAACAGUGUGAUUUGUAAGUAAAAAAUAGGUAUU